GGGCUGUAAAAUUAAGUCAGAUGGCAGAAAGCCAAAACCGGUUGCCCAGCCUAAGCCAUCAGAGGUUUGUGGGCAGGCCAACGAGUGAUUCGUUUGCCGCUUCCACAUUGCAUUAUUUUCCGUCAAGCGCGCAUGGAGAAGGCAAGCCUGAACUUUCUGUGACGGAACCAUUCUAAGGGGAAUAUGUUUAAAUUGUUGCUAUUUGGCAUUUGCGCCACCUUUGCCGUUGGACAGACUCCGGAUAAAUGUUUUGAAUGUCGCGGUGACAAAUGGGACUCCUGCAACGGAUUGGAGCACACCUGCCGCGUCUCUGAGAAAUGUGUGUCUGCGGUCUCUGCAUUGAAACAAGCCCUUGCUGGAACAAAUGGCGUCACCGAGGAGAGGGUGAGCCGAAGAUGUUCUGAUCCCACGCUCUGUGAUAAGGAAAUGUCAGUGAACUACCGCCUCGCCAGCUGGAAGAUCAAGACCAGCUGUGGCACCAAUGCCACUCUUGGAAGUGAGGCGCCCAAGGGCAGACUGAAAUGUUACGGAUGCAUGGGUGAUCCUUCUGUAUGCACUCAAACCGUGGAGUGCAGUGAAAAAGAGACUACGUGCAUCAAGGUUUCAGAGACCAUCGCUGGAAACCUGAUAGUGCACAAAGGUUGUGCCACUGACAGCAUGUGCAAGCUGAGGAGUGAGAUCUCUGACGUGACGGGCCCUGUGAUCCCGGGGGACGUGUCCUGCUGCCAUGGCGACUACUGCAACGGGAGCAACGCCCUGACGUCCACCUCAUCCGUGUGCCUGCUCCUGCUGUCCAUGAUCCCCUGGAUGUUGUCUUGAUGCCAAAACUAGGAAAAAAUGGCAGAAAGAAUAAAAAAAGGUAGUGGAUUUUUUUUUAAAGAAGGUGUCAGUUAAUCACGUGAUGUUAUGUCAGGCAUAUCAGUAUUUUGUACAUAUUGUGACAAUUUAACAAGGACAUGCCAAUAAAGGAGUUGUGUUUUGUCAUUUUCUUAA